UGCAGCCUGUGUACCGAGCAGCAGCAGCAGCAGCAGUGUGUUAACCAAAAAGGAGACGAGGAAAUAGCCACAAACAGAAAGAGCAGCAUGGCGUUGCCUUCAUUGUUAGGGAUUUAGCUUUAAAGUCAUCUAGGCUCCUGGGAUUUAAAACAAAAAGGGCUUGGCUCUUGGGCUUUCACAAUAGAAGACAGCAGCUCCAAAUGAGUGUACCUGCUGCAACGGCACAGAAAUCAGACGUUAACAACAGUGACAUGCAAUCAGCUGCAGUGGCUCCCUCCUUCCUCCCCAGCCAGUCGGGGAAGAUACCAGGCAGGAAGAGAGGGAGACCCCCGCUCCGCAAUGUCGCCAAGAUGGAUUUUCCGAACCGUUACCCGGAGUCGCUCCCUCCACUCAAAGUGCCCAAAAAGAGGGGGAGAAAGCCAGGCUUCAAGCUCAAACCCAGGAUGGUGAUGACUCCGUUGGCUAUCUCUCCACCGAGUAGCACCCCUGAGCCCGAUAUGAGCUCCAUUCCUCAGGAUGCCGCCACCAUCCCCCACUCUGCCACGCCCCAGGUGCUUACAGUCUGCAUUUACAUCAACAAGCAGGCCAAUAUGGGCUCCAACCUGGACAGGAAGAAGAUCCAGCAGCUCCCUGAUCACUUCGGACCCGACAGGCCCUCUGUGGUGCUGCAGCAGGCGGUCCAAGGCUGCAUCGACAGCGCCUUCCAGCAGAAAACAGUGUUCACUCUCCUCACACAGGGCUACGGGGGAGAAAAAAUAUCAGGUGUUGUAAAAAGACCUCGCUCAGCCACGUUCGACGGGAAGCAGCACCUUCUCAGCCUCCCCGUGGUGAACAGCAUCGACUACGUGCUCCGUUUCCUGAAGAAGCUCUGCCGCAGCUUGCACUGCGAAAACCUCUUCAGCGAUCAGCCCAUUACCCAACACAGCCUGGGCUCCUACCAGUCAGAUGCUGAAACAUCCAUGGCCGAGGACUACCAUUUAGACCAGUCCGACGGCAAGCGCUACUCCGUCGACCCGGGAGAUUCUGCUUUCAGCUCCAUCAGCUCGUCCUACUCGCCAAAGUCCUCCUACGGGUUUCGUUCGUCACAGCAGUUCUCCAACGGAUCGGCCUCCAUGAGCAUGUGCAGGCAGUCGUCCACCAGCCCAAGCACCUUCCCAGAGAGCAACAGGACAGGCAUUUAUAAUGCAGCUUCAGAGUCCCAGGAGUCCAAAGCUCCAUCCAAUAAGGACCCGACCACCUGGUGUGUCGACGACGUCGUCUGGUUCAUCAGGGAUGCGGACCCCCAGUCUCUCGGGCCUCACUCAGAUGUCUUUAGGAAACAUGAGAUCGAUGGGAAUGCUUUGUUGCUGCUGAAGAGCGACAUGAUCAUGAAGUACCUCGGACUGAAGCUGGGGCCGGCCUUGAAGCUUUGCUACCACAUCGACAAACUAAAGCAGAAUAAGUUCUGAAAACCUUCAACACUAUAUAACUAUACAUUUGAGAAAAGGUCUUCAGGUCUGGAGUGAAUGGGAAAAGAGAAUGGUCCUCAGAAGAAAGAUGUAUCAUCCAUAUAUCUACUGUAAAAGGAUAAAGCAAAAAGGUUGCGACUUUGCAGAUGAUUUGACUAAUGCCUGAAAAAUAUGCUAUUAAUGAACGAAAGUGACACAUUCAGGUAUCACCGCAUGGAUAUAACUUCAUCUGUAGUCUUAUAGCUGCAUUUUAACUGAAUUUCAACAGAGUUGAGUAUAGGUAGAGUGAAUGAUAGCUUCUCCAACGAGCGGUUUAGGAAACAUCCACCAGGUUGCUGUUGUUUUAGGUAAUUUUGUAUUUCUUUCAGAGCGAGACGCUGAAAAAAUAUGUUUAGCAAGUUUUUUUACCCUAACUUAUCCCUCCUUAAACCUGCAAUAACUGAGUUUAUUUUACACUUAAGAGCAGCAAAAACAAGUUGUGAAAACAUCACAGGUUUAUAUGGCUAACCUUUAGCCGAUAGGUGCUUAUAUACACAACAACAGUUGUGCAGCAACUCUAUGGCUGCUUUUUACAAGUGCUUCAUGCCACUCGAUGAAUGUAAAUCCAAAUGCAACCCUUUUUUCGUUCAGUUUUGGUCUUCAUCAACUCCAGAGCAAACUAUCUGGCUCAUGAGUUGCUUGUCGUGUUGUCUGCUGUUCGGUGCUGAUCUUUAGAGCUUUCUCAGAAAACAGACUGUCAGAUUAGUGGGAAUGAUUCAAAAUACUAAAAGUUGAGGCCAGACAGGCAAGAAAUAACCUGCCGUUGAGCUCUGUGAAGCCGAGAGGAACUGCAAAUCCAGGUCUGUUUUACGUUGACUGUUACAUAAUAAUAUUGAAGCCCCUUUGUUAAAGGUUUGAAAAACCGAGAGACUCUCAGAAACUAUGAUUUCUUAAAUCUGCUUGGAUAAAUGAGGGACGUAGAGGAAACACCUCAAACCCUUCUCUCUUCCCAGUGGCUGGCAGACCUUUGAUCUCCAGACAUGAAGUCCACUUGGGACCAUCUUGGUACAUUUUGAUGAAGAUUUCCAUGACGUCAUGUAGUGAUAAUCACAAAUUCACCCUCCUCUUCUCCUGCGUUCUUACUCUACUUUUGGCCCAAAUUGCGAGGAAAUUUAUGAACGCAUCCGUUAACAUAUUGUAAUCGGUAAGAAGAAAGUGUUUGUCUCAUGAAUCUUCAUAUAUAUGUAUAUGUAAUUGUAUAUAUACAUAUACAUAUAUACACAUAUAUAAUAUAAUCUCACUAUAGAAUGUCAUGUCUACCAAGUUGACAACAUACCGUAUCUAUAACUGCGAGAAACAUUGCAUUAAAUACAACAUUGCUUUAUGAUUGAGGGAAAAUUAUUUGAAUACUAUUUUUGACAUUACUGUGUAAAAAAAAGUAAUAUUCCCAUUGAAUUCUUUUUAAUUAUAAUGUUAAUAUAAAAAUCCCACUAACCAAAACAAAGCAUAUCCUUCACACAGUAGAAAGACUAGCUCUCUUGGUAGUUGAUAUAGAGAAAAGUGAGAGCAUUGUGAAUGUUAUAUAUUUAUGUUUCAAUAUGCAAGAUUGUUACAUGACAAUUAUCUCCACAGGCUCUUCAUGUAUACUCAAUGCUUUUUUUAAUGCAUACAUUUCUACGUUUCUAUGUUUCUAUGUUGAUACAGAAGCUAUACAAACACAUAAAAAACUUAAAUGUUACACUGAUUGAAUCUAAACGUCAAUGUAAAUGGGUAUAUUACAUAGUAUUGCUUUUGUAUGCCACUUUUGGUGUACGGUAUGCAUCCUUUUUUAAUCAAUUAACCUUUUUAAGUGAAUGCUGCUGUACAUAUAUGACAUGUAAGCCAUGCCUAGUGAGAUCAAGCUGAGGUGUUUUAUUUUGAAAAUCACUAUGAAUAAGAGUUUAGAACACUGAGCGGGUCAGUACUCUAUGCUGGUGCUAAAGUUAUCUACGUAUUUAACUGUUUGCUUUUGUGUUUGUGAGAUGUAAAGGAAAUCAUAUGUGUAUACUGUACUGUGAACAUUAAAUUAAGAAAUCAUAUAAUCAGA